AUGGGCGCCGCUGCGUCCGCUGCGCGGGAGACGGCGGGGGUAGGCUCCGGGGGCGAGGAGCAGGAGUGCCGCAUCUGCCGCCACCCCGCCGAGCCGGAGCGCCCGCUGCGUCACCCCUGCGCCUGCCGCGGCACCAUCCGCUUCGUCCACGACGACUGCCAGCUCCGGUGGCUCGACGCCACCCGCCAGCGCCGCUGCGAGGUGUGCGGGCACGAGAUCUCCAUCCGCCCCAUCUACGGCGCGGAUGCCCCGGCCCUGGCAAGGCUUGCGAGUCUCAUCUUACUGCCGCUGUGCCUCGUGCUGACGGCCAAGAUCGUCUGGAUGCUCACCGGCCUCUACCUAUGGCGCCUCGCGCUCGCCGGGACCCGCGCCGAGGCCUUCCGUCUACUCACCGUCCGCUCCUGCCGACCCGCCGCGCUCUCUCAGCUCGUGCUCUGGGCGGAAAACGCGCUCGGCGCAAAAUACGGAGGACGCCGGGGCCGCUGCCAGGUCGUCGCGCUGCGCGUCCUUCAGUUUUCCUUCUUGGUGGCAUUGGUUGACAUGGUUCUGGCCUGUACAUUGGCAUUUAUCCCUUUCACAAUUGGAAGGAUUAUCCGGUUGUGCAUAGGUGAAGUCGACUCCUUUGCUUCGACACCUUCUAUCCUCCUAAUUGGAUAUGGGUUUAUCUUCUCACUGGGCGCGACUUUCACUGGGCUUCUUCAUAAUACUGGGGGCGUCUUCCAGAGAUUCGCCAGGGGCUUCCGCGCGCUCAGCGAUCUCGUGGAGCAGUUAUGGGAUUUCUACGUCCUUGAUCUCUGUAAUUAUGUCGUGGAUGAGCGUAUUGUCAUCGGGCAAAGGUUGGAAGACGUCGCCGAUGGUUGGUGACAGCGGGGAACUCUGUUUUUAGUAGUUCACGGGAACAGGGAUCUGGUGAUAUUAACAGUUAUACUUAUAUAUAGCAUGGUUACAUAUGUAUAGCAUGCAUACGGAGGAAUACACAUAGGCCACGUUAUUGAGAUGAUGCUAGCAUAUAUAUAAAUUUAUGGUGAAACU